CGUACAAAUAGCAGGGUAUUGUCUCUCAGCCUCCACCGUUGAAUCCUUCUGAAGCUGGCCAUGUUUUGACGAGCAAGACACGGGGGGGCUGUUUAGUUCAAGUUCUGAAGCAGGGACCGCAGGUGAUUUAGCAAAACUAUGCCUGAACCACUCAAAAAAACAGCAUCGGCGUUUACCAAAAAACCGAAGACACUCGAGGUGGUCGCCGGGGGAGGUGCUGAGUUUGUGGCUGAAACUGGCAAGGCAGAUGCCAAAGUGAAAUGGCAAAGGGAUGGCAAAGACAUUCAAGCAAGUGAUAAAUAUGUGAUUAAGUCAGAAGGAGUGCAGCACACACUCACCGUGAACAGUGUGACCAAGGAGGAUGAAGUGGUGUAUGCCGUCAUUAGUGGCACGUCCAAAGUGAAGUUUGAAUUGAAAGUCAAGCAGGAAGGAACUCCAACCGGGACACCAGCAGCACCAGCAGAACCAGCAGCACCAGCAGCUCCAGCAACACAGGCAGCUUCAGCAGCUCCAGCAGCACCAGCAGAACAAAAAGAGGAUGGCUCAGCAAAUGGUGCAGAACAUGGACAUGUUGCUGAGAAAGAUGAAGAUGAACCAACAAAAGCAGCAGCAUCAACAACAGGAGAGAGACAGGCAGAAAACUCAGCAAGUACUCCCCAAUCAGCAGAAGAAGUACCUACCCUCCAACUGCCUACUGAGAACCAGGAUGAAAAGCCUUCCGAUACCGCACUGGCCAGGAAAGACUCGGUGUGGUCCUGUGGAGAAGCAGCUACUGAGGAACUUGCUAAACUUGAUGAUUCUACACGGUCAACCCUCUUCAUUGAGAAACCUCAGAAUGGGACCGUCACUGUCGGUGAGGACAUCACUUUUGUGGCAAAAAUUGAAGCCAAGGACCUUUUGCGUAAGCCGAAUUGCAAGUGGUUCAAGGGGAAAUGGCUGGAUCUUGCAAGCAAAGCAGGGAAGCACUUGCAGCUGAAGGAAUCCUUUGACAGAAUCACCAGGAUUCACACGUUUGAGAUGCACAUUAUCAAAGCGAAGGAGAAUUAUGCUGGAAACUAUCGCUGUGAAGUGACCUGGAAAGACAAAUUUGACAGCUGUACCUUUGACUUAGAAGUAAUAGAGGCCCCAGAAGUUCAGCAGAUUGAUAUCCGUUCUGCCUUUAAACGCAGGACUGCACCGGUAAGCGGUGGUGAUGGUCAGGAUGAUGCAGGAGAGCUCGAUUUCAGCGGAUUACUAAAACACCGGGAGAUGAAGGAAGAGAGCACGGAGCCUGAAGUUGACGUUUGGGAGCUGCUGAAAAAUGCUCAGCCACAUGAGUAUGAAAAGAUAGCUUUUGAAUAUGGCAUCACUGACCUCAGGGGCCUGCUGAGACGCUUGAAGAGGAUAAAGAGGGAAGAGAAAAAGAGUGCAGCUUUUGCAAAGAUUCUGGAGCCUGGUUACCAAGUCGAGAAAGGUGACAAGAUCAGAUUUGUCGUGGAUUUGGCAGAUCCUACCGUUGACCUGAAAUGGUAUCGCAACGGUCAAGAAAUCCGACCUGGUCCGAAAUAUAUCUUUGAACACAAAGGCACACUGCGAAUGUUAACCAUCAAAAACUGCACCAUGGCAGAUGAUGCAGCGUACCAGGUAACAGCUGGGGAUGAGAAAUGUGCAACAGAAUUGUUUGUCAAAGAGCCCCCUGUUUUAAUCACUCGAGAGCUGGAGAAUCGCGAUGAGCUGGUUGGUGAGAGGGUGGAAUUGGAAUGUGAAGUGUCAGAAGAAAACGCGCAAGUGAAAUGGUUUAAAAAUGGGAUUGAACUUGGGGCUUCACCCAAGCACCGCUUUCGGACUGAGGGAAAGAAACACUGGCUCAUCAUCCCAGAGGCUGCCAAAGCUGACUCUGGAACAUAUUCGGUGAAGACCACUGGAGGCCAGUCUACAGCUGAGCUGAAAGUUGAUAUGAAACCUCUGAAGAUAUUGCAGGAUCUCACCGACCAAGUCGUCCGAGCUGGUCAGCAGGCAGUCCUUGAGUGUGAAUUGUCGGAAGCGAACGUGGGUGGAAAGUGGUACAAAAACGGCCAACUGAUCUAUCCAAGUGAACACAUAAAGAUAACUCACCGCAAAAAAGUACACAAGCUGGUGGUGGAAAAGAUGGCUUUGGACGAUGAUGGUGACUACACUUUCAUCCCAGAUGGUUACUCAAUUCAGCUGGGAGCUAAGCUUCGUAUGAUUGAUGCUCCCAAGCUCCACCUCGACCAUCUCUCCAAGACGCCUGAGAUUGUGGUGGUGGCUGGAAAUAAACUUCGGUUGGAUAUCCCAGUCACAGGGGAACCAAUACCACGGAUUGUGUGGAUGAAAGGUGAAAAGGCAAUUAUGGAAACAGGGGGCCGAGUAAGAGCGGAAUCAUUCCCCGAUCACACUUCAUUGGUGAUUGAUCUCGCUGAGAAAGAUGACUCAGGCUCGUACAAGAUUGUGGUACAGAAUGAAGCUGGGGAAGACAGUGCCCAGCUGAAAAUAAAGGUGGUCGAUAUUCCUGAUGCCCCUGCACCACCGAUAGUUACAGAAGUUGGAGGUGACUGGUGUACAAUGACGUGGAAUCCUCCUGACUAUGAUGGAAGCUCCCCGAUUUUAGGGUACAUCAUUGAGAGGAAGAAGAAGCAAAGCUCUCGAUGGAUGAGACUCAACUUUGACAUUUGUAAAGAAAUGACCUUUGAACCCAAGAACAUGAUUGAAGGGAUUCCUUAUGAAGUGCGAGUGUUUGCUGUCAACACCAUUGGAAUGUCCAAACCCAGUGAGCCGUCAAAAGCAUUUAUCCCUCUUGCCCCAACCAGUGAACCCACACUCCUUGCAUGUGAUGGUGUGACAGACACCAGUGUAUCUCUGAAAUGGAGACCCCCGGAGCGUAUUGGAGCAGCAGGACUGGAUGGCUAUCGUAUUGAAUACUGCAUCGAAGGAACUAAUGAAUGGAUCGUGGCAAACCCUGAGCUGACCGAUAAAACCAAGUACACCAUUAAUGGCCUGCCGACCGGAGAGAAGAUCUUUGUGAGGGUAAAGGCGGUGAACGUGGCUGGUGAAAGCCCUCCGAUCUGUCUGACCACAGCCAUCCUGGUCAAGGAGGUGGUUGAACCUCCGAAGAUUCGCCUUCCUCGGCAGCUGAAGCAGACAUACAUCCGCCGAGUCGGUGAGCCCCUGAAUCUCCUGAUCCCCUUCCAGGGUAAACCCAGGCCAAAGGUCAUCUGGACAAAGGAUGGUGCUCCUUUGGAUUUAAGUACAAUCAACGUUCGUAACACGGAAUCAGACACCGUGCUGUUCAUUCGUAAAGCGGAGCGGAUAAACUCAGGCCACUACGAGCUAACAGUCCAAGUGGAAAAGAUUGUGGACAAGGCCACAAUAAUCAUUCAGGUUGUUGAGAAACCCGGUCCACCAAUGAUAGUGAAGAUAGUCGAUGUUUGGGACACUAAUGUGGCGUUAGAGUGGACACCACCAAAGGAUGAUGGGAAUGCCAAUAUUACAGGUUAUACCAUUCAAAAAGCUGAUAAGAAGACCAUGGAUUGGUUCACAGUGGUCGAACACUACCACAGAAACAACUGCGUCAUAUCUGAACUCAUCAUCGGGAAUGAAUAUUACUUCAGAAUCUUUUCCGAGAAUAUGUGCGGACUGAGUGAUGAUGCCACAAUCACAAAGAACAGCGCCAUAAUCCAGAAGGAUGGUUUAAUAUUAAAGCCUCCCAACUACAAUGACUUUGACUUUGAUGAGGUGCCAAAGUUUACCCAUCCUUUGAUCAACACUAUAGCAGUGGCUGGAUACAAUGCAACCUUGAACUGCAGUGUCAGAGGCAACCCCAAGCCUAAAAUAUGUUGGAUGAAGAACAAGAUAAUAAUCGAGAAUGACCCCCGAUAUCGGAUGUUCUCCAACCAAGGAGUGUGUACUCUGGAGAUUCGCAAGCCCAGUCCAUUUGAUGGCGGGGUGUAUACUUGUAAAGCUAUCAAUGCCCUCGGUGAAGAUGAGGUGGAAUGUAAGAUGGAGGUCAAAGGUGGCUUUCCAUUUCAAGAGCUCUUGAUGCAGGGAGUGCCUCCGAAUAUCAUACACUCAUACAGGGACUCGAAGAAUAUUUUACCCCCAAAAUAAGAAUGCUUAUGACAAUGUGCACUGUGAAUUGCGUUUGUUCUUUUCUCAGCUCAGAAUGUGAUUGUAGAUUAUCUUUAGAGUUUGACAAGUACUUUCAAUGUGCAGUCCUGAUUUUGCAAUGUUUUGGGGCUUGGAAUGAUCUAUAAAGUUAAUGAGCAGAGUUUUAACAUGCCAAUGAUUACACAUGUAACUGUAACUGAAUGGUUUGAUUUGGGGGGGUAAGUUUGGGUGUAACCUCUAAUUACAAAUCAAUGCAGCCAGUAAAAUGAUAUAAAACAUCAUUGUGACUGCUGCCUGCUGGCACAGUGGCAAAUGUCACUGGACAAGUAAUCCCAAAGUUCGGGCCAAUGGGCUCAAUCCCACCAUGUCACAAUGCAAUUUAUUAAAAAAACCUGGAGUUUAAAAAGGCAGGCCAGCCUAAUGAUGACUAUGUAACCAAUAUCAAUUGCUAUACAAAACUCUUGGUCACUAAUGCCAUUUAGGGGAGGAAUCUCCUGUCCUUGAUUGGCUGGCAUGUGAUCCCAGAUUCAUAGCAAUGUGAUGGACUUCCCAAGGGGCAAUUAGGGAUAAACAACAAAUGCCAACCUAGCCAUCAAUGCCCAGUGUAAUGAAAAUUGAAUAAUUGCUAGUGGAAUAUCAUUGCAAUCAUCUUACAGCCUAUUAAUCUUCUGCUCAGUUCAACAAUAGCCCAAAGUUACAAGUUAUUCUCGACUUUAUAGUGUUACAUUCUAAAAGCUGCGCAUUUGUGUUACCUCUUGAUUAUUUCUGGCGUUUAAAAUUCACAUGUUAAGAUUGGCACGGAUGAAUGUGUUUGUUUGAGGAUAUAUUUAAUAACUCCUUUUAUCCUGGCCCAUAGUUUGAUAUUUCUAUUACUUUGUUAUAAAGGUGUUUUGCUGUGUGCAGAUCCCAUUGGAGAGUUCUGCUUCUGUUAAAUGCACUGUCAUGUGUUUGACCUGCGUUCACAAACUAUGUUCUUAUUAUGUUCCAUUGCAACUCUAUAAAGGAAUCAGAUUGCAAAUGAUGAGACAGUUUACAAAGUGCUGUAAAGUGUAGCAGCAUUGUUAUUGCAUGAAGAAGUGCUUCGAAAAUGCUCAAUAAACAGCUCCAUAUCAUAAAUA